CUCGCACGGCCUCAUCCUUCUGGAACAUAUACCUCGGCUCUCGUCGCGUCCGCGGCGACCUUGUCCCCGCUCGCAGAUGAUAGAGUAAGCAAGCCUCACUCGUCAUAUUCCCUCCAAUUCUCCAACCUCUGCCUCGCCUCGCUCCCCCCCCUCCCUCCUGCCGCGCUUCCGCGGAAUGCCUAUGGGGCAUGGGCAAACGAGUCCGACUCAGGCCGGCACGAGAAUACGCGGGCGGAAUGACUGCGGGGUGUUUGAUUCCGCUCCGAAACCUCGCGCUCGUGAUUGUACCCAGACAUUCCAAAGAUAACAAAUGUCGCCCGCCCUUCCUGCCUUUCCCGAUCCUCUCAUCACCCACUCAUCAUGCUCCACGGCAAGGAGAGGCAACGCCGCGCCCUUGUCAUCGGCGCUGGGCCCGUCGGCUCCCUCACCGCCCUCAGCCUCCACAAGCGCGGCUGGGCUGUCGAGGUAUGGGACACGCGUGACGAUCCCCGCGGGCGCGAAAUCGCCGUCAACAACCUCCGGAGUAUCAACCUGAACAUCUCGUCACGGGGCUACGCGGCCGUCGCCUCCGUCGACCCGGCGUUCGCGGACGCGCUGCUCGCCGAGUCGAUCCCCAUGCCCAGCCGCCUCAUCCACCACCUCGACGGACACACCGAGGCGCAGCUGUACGACCCGCUGCGCGGCAACUGCAGCAACUCGAUCCACCGCGGCCUGCUGAACCAGCGCAUGACCGAGGCCCUACCAGCCGGCGACGGCGGCGUCGUCGUGCGCUUCAACACCAAGCUUGCUAGAGUCGAGUUCGGGGCGCGUACGGCCCACGGCGUGCGCACGAAGCGCGGAGAACCCGCCCUCCUCGAUUCGCCGCCGGAGACGCCGCAGAUCCCGGUCCUUGCCAAGGCGGAAAAGGUUGAUGCCGAGUUCGACCUCAUUGUCGGUGCUGAUGGGAGCUGGAGCAAGGUCCGGCAGGAGAUGAUGCGCGCGGAGCGCAUCGACUUCUCCCAGAGCUUCAUCCCGCACGCAUACAUCGAGCUGCACAUGGAUGCGGAUCCAAGCAAGCCUGGCGGCUUCGCAAUGCCACCCAAUCACCUGCACAUCUGGCCGCGACACAAAUUUAUGCUGAUUGCUUUGCCCAACAAGGACGGCUCCUUCACCCUCACCCUCUUCAUCCCCUUCGACGAGCUGCACGCCCUCUCCACGCCGGAUGAGGCUCGCGCCUUUUUCCAAAAGCACUUCCCCGACGCCUGGGACAUUGUCGGCGAAAAGCUCGUGGACGAGUUCAUGGAGCACCCGCGCGGCAAUCUCGUGACGAUCAACGUCACACCAAGCACGUACUCUAGCCACUCAGUGUUGCUGGGGGACGCAUGUCACUCGAUGGUCCCAUUCUACGGCCAGGGCCUGAACUGUGGCCUCGAAGACGUCCGCGUACUUGGCACCUACCUCGACCGCUUCUCGAUCUCGCCCAAAACCACUCUCCCGGCCGGCGCGCACGACCCAGAGCUGGAAGCCGCGCUGACCGCCUACUCAACUGAGCGCGCAGAGGAUCUCGCGGCAAUCUGCGACCUCGCGCUGGCGAAUUACACGGAGAUGCGCUCGUCCGUGCUGAAUCCGUUGUACCACCUGCGGCGCGCGGUCGACUACGUUCUUACGCGCAUCUACCCGUCGACGCCGCGCGAGCUCACGCCGGGCAUCGCGUUCCCCACGCCGGAAGUGCACGGCUGGACCGCGCUGUACGAUAUGGUCACGUUCCGACCAGACAUCCCGUAUGCGGAGGCGGCGAGGCGUGAGGCGUGGCAGAAGAAGGUGGUCGCGAACGCUGCGGGUGUCGGCGGUCUCGUGGGAGCCGUGGGCGUGGGUGUGCUGGCGCUCAAGGCAGCAAAGCCGUGGUUGGCACGGAGGUAGUGUUAUGUUGGGUUUCAAUAGUUGUGUGUGUGUGAUAUGAUGGAUUUACGGCCCGGCAGCUACUACGACAAUGUUACCGCAUGGGAGCUCACCUGAGCUCGACCGUAACUCUGCGACUGUACCCCUCUUGGUCUUG